AUGUUCACAUGUUCUAAACAUUUAUAUAUUCGUAUCAUUUUAUUCUUUUUAUUAUUACAUAUAUUAUGGUUAUUGAUUACAUAUAAACAAUUUCUAUCUCAAAAAAAUAAUGAUAAAUCAAUUUUAAUUAAUGAACCUUAUCAAUUAUUGAUACCACAAACAUGUUAUAAUAUUUGUCAAUUAAUUAUAAAAUUACCUAAAACUAAUUUUAUACAUUCAAAAUUCAUUAAAACAUCACAAAGAUUAUGGCCUAAUUUCAAUGCCAAUUUAAUGACAUUAUAUAAUACAAGUUAUUUACAUUUACCUGGUGGAUCAUGGUUAUAUUAUUCAAAUAAAACAUUUUGUGAAAAUAUUCCAGAAUAUGGUGUAGUUAUAAUUAUACCAAUAAAAGAUCAAUUUAAACAACUUUAUAUUACAUUAUCUACAUUAAUUCCAAUAUUACAAAUACAACAUUUAUGUUAUCGUAUAUUUGUUAUUGAACAAAUAGAUAAUGAAUUAAUGAAUAAAGGUAAAUUAAAAAAUGUUGGAUUUAUUGAAGCUUUAAAAUUAUUUAAAUUUAAUUGUGUUAUAUUUCAUGAUGUUAAUUUAGCACCAAUUAAUUAUUAUAAUUCAUAUCAAUGUGAUCAAUUAACUAAAUCUAUGGCAAUUCAUUUAAGUGUUGGAAUAAAUAUUAAUAAAUUUAAAUUACCUUAUAAUACAUAUAUUGGUGGUGUUUUAAAAAUUUCUACACAUCAUUUUAUUACUGUUAAUGGAUAUUCUAAUGAAUAUUGGGGUUUAGAUAUUGAAAAUGAUGAUGAUUUUGAAAAACGUCUUACAAUGACUGGUAUAAAAUAUAUACAUGUAAAUGAUAGAAUUGGACGAUAUCUUUAUAUACCAUAUACUUCACAAUAUUCAUCACAAUCGAAUAAUUUAAAGAAAUUAUUGAAUAGGUCAAAUAAAAUAAUGAAUUCUGAUGGAUUAAAUGAUGUAUCAUAUAAAGUUAUUACAAGAUCAGAUCUACCAUUUUUUACACAUCUUCGAGUUCUAAUAAGGCAAAGUUGA